AAAAACUACCUUUUCCUCAAUCGAUAGAAAUGUAUUUAAUGAAUUUCUUGGUUAUGGAGGACGCGGAUUUGAUGAUGCAAAUGAAUUUGCCAGUCCAAAUUUCGAAUUUCCAGCUUGCCAUAAUCCAGUUGAAUUCUUAAAAGCACAUACUGACAAGGAUUCCAAAGAAGAAUGUCGUAUAAAGUUAGAUCAUGCGUCAGCAACUGUGAAAAAAGUUAUUGAAAUAAACCCAUAUCUUUUGGGAACUAUGGCAGGCGGCGCUGCUGACUGUUCGUUUUGGGAAAGAGAACUCGGUCGUCGAUGCAGGUAA